AUGUCGGCCAAGUCGCAUUUCCGCAAGAUUCAAAGCUUCAAGACCGACUAUGCUCCUUGCACAAUCACUCAAUAUGUUUCAGAACGCAGUGGUAUGCAGGUUGUUGUUGCCGACCGCAAGGGCCCAAAGCUCAAUGGUUACUUCACCCUAGCCACUGAGAUCUUUGAUGAUUCAGGUGCUCCUCAUACUCUUGAGCAUCUCGUUUUCAUGGGUUCCAAGAGCUACCAGUACAAGGGUCUCCUCGACAAGCUCUCUUCUCGAGCAUACUCUCACACCAACGCUUGGACUGCUACCGACCACACAGCUUAUACCCUCGAGACUGCUGGUUGGGAUGGUUUCGCCCAGAUUCUGCCCGUCUAUCUCGAACAUGUCAUCCUGCCUACCAUUACAGAUGAAGGUAUCGUGACUGAAGUCUGGCACAUUGACGGCGAAGGCAAUGAUGCUGGUGUUGUUUACUCCGAGAUGCAAGCCGUUCAGUUCCGCAGUUCUGAGAUUAUGGACCUCAAGGCUCGUCGUCUCCUUUACCCGGAGAACGUUGGUUUCCGCUAUGAAACUGGUGGUAUGACUGAUGCUCUCCGUGUUCUCACUCCUGAGCGUAUUCGCCAAUUCCACAAGGAUAUGUACCAACCACGAAACCUGUGUCUGUGUCUUGUCGGAGAAGUCAACCAGGAUGAACUUAUCCAGAUUCUUGAGCAGUUUGAGGAGUCUAUCAAGGAUGAUAUUCCUUCUCUCGAUACCCCUUUCAAGCGACCCUGGAUUGACUCCGCCUCGCCUCCCGAGAUCAAAGAAACUCAAAUUGUGACUGCAGAAUUCCCAGAGGAGGACGAGUCAGUUGGAGAGGUCCUUGUUGGUUUCUUCGGUCCCGACUGCAUGGAUCUUAUCAACUCUUCUGCGCUCAACGUUCUUCUUACCUACCUAUGCGGCUCUUCCGUUUCUAUCCUGGAGAAUGUUAUGGUCGAGAAGGAGGAGCUUGCCAGCUCGGUCUCUUACUGGACCGAUCCUCGACCCAACAGUGUUAUCUGGCUUCAACCCACAGGUGUCGCUACCGAGAAGCUCGAGUUUGUCGAGAAGCGACUUAUCGAACUCCUCAAGGAGGUCGCUUCUAAGCCUGUCGACAUGGACUACAUGAGAGAGUGUAUCCGCCGUGAAAGACGUCAAGUCAAGUACCACGCUGAAACUUCCGAGUCUUUCUACGCAACCAACAUCAUCACCGACUACCUUUUCGGUAAGCGUGAUGGUUCUACUCUCGCAGAUCUGCAGAACCUGGAAGAGUAUGAUGUUUUGGAGAAGUGGGAGGACCAGCAGUGGCGAGACUUCCUCAGCAAGUGGAUGGCUGAUGCUCCUCACAUCUCUAUUCUCGGCAAGCCUUCCAAUGAGUUGGCUACCAAGAUGAAGAAGGAUGAGGAAGCUCGCAUCGCCAAGCGCAAGGAAGACCUCGGCGCUGAGGGUCUCGAGAAACUUGCUAAGCGUCUCGAAGAUGCCAAGAAGAAGAACGAUGAGCCUAUCCCUGCCGAGGUUGUUGACCGUUGGAGUGUUCCUGGUACCGACUCCAUUCACUUCAUUGAGUCGGAUACUGCUCGCUCUGGGCAUGCCCGUUCAGUCGGUCUGGGCAGUGGAUCCGCACAAAAGGUCAUCGACGGUACAACUCAAGGCAAACUGCCCCUGUUCAUUCAGUUCGAGGACGUUCCUACCAACUUUGUUCACAUUUCUAUCCACAUUGGUACCUCUCAGGUCCCUAACGAGCUGAAGCCUCUGAUGCCCAUCUUCAGCGACAACUUCUUCAACACACACAUCAUGCGCGAGGGUAAGCAGGUCGGCUUUGAGCAGGUCGUUAUGGAGCUUGAGCGAGAUACCAUUAGUUACGCUCUCAACUCCGCCCGCUACCUUGGUGACCCCGACGGUAUCAUGAUUCAGUUCCAGGUUGAACCUGAGAAGUAUGCUGCUGCUGUCGAGUGGAUCCGCACCAUGAUGUUCGACUCCAUCUUCGAUCCUCAGCGUCUCAAGGCUAGUGUCAGCAAGGCUCUCGCUGACAUUCCUGAGUCCAAGCGUGACGGUAAGUCUAUGGCCAGUGAGGUCAGCGCUGCUUUCCACAUGGAGAAAUCCUCGUUGGCUGUGGCUAAGCGCGUGCUUGUUCGUGCCGUGUACUUGAAGAGACUCAAGAAGCUUCUCGAGAAGGAACCUGAAAAGGUUGUCGGUUGGUUCAACACUGUCCGCGACUCACUUUUCACCUUCCAGAACUUGCGUUUCCUCGUCACGGCCAACCUCGCUACUCUGCCUGACCCGUUGACUACAUGGGACACCCUCUCCAAAUCUCUGACCCCAGCUGAGAAGAUGAUCGACAUUCCCAAGCCUGUCAGCCUUCUCAACGAUGAAGGUCGCAACCCUGGCUCGGUUGGUGCCGUCAUCGUUCCCAUGACCACUCUUGAGAGUUCUUACUCCGUGUCAACAGCUCAAGGCAUGGCCUCCUACACCGAUCCUCGACUUGCUUCUAUCAUGGUUGCUAUUGGCUACCUUGAAGCUGCCGAAGGUCCUCUUUGGAACGCUGUUCGAGGUGCUGGUUACGCUUACGGUGUUUACUUCUCCAGAGACAUCAACUCUGGUAUCAUUUCGUACAACGUCUACCGUUCACCAGACGCCUACAAGGCCAUCAAGGCAUCCAAGGAGGCCAUCAGCAAGAUUGCCGACGGUACAGUCGAAAUUGAUCACCACCUCCUUGAGGGCACCAUCAGCCAGAUUGUUGUCAUGUUUGCUGAUGAGCAAUCUACCAUGCCUAGUGCUGCUCAGCAAAACUUUGUGCAAGGUGUUGUUCGCGGUCUUCCCAGUGAUUGGGAUAAGGAGGUGCUGCGACGUGUACGAGCUGUCACCAUCGACGAAAUCAAGACUGCUCUACGCGAGACUGUCCUGCCAUGCUUCGAGCCCGGCAAGAGCAAUGUUGUUGUCACCGCCGCCAAGAUCAUGCAAGAGGGCAUGGAGGCUUCCUUCAAGGAGAUGGGCUACAAGGUCCAGACACAUGAGCUCAGCUACUUCCAUGAUGAUUAUGGUCUGAAGCCUGAGGAUGGUGAGGAGGAAGAGUCGUCCGAGGAAGAUGAGGAAUUAGAAGGUUCUGAAGGAUCAUACGAUUCUGAUGAAUCUGAUUAG